CCCACUACUCAAUUGAACCUCCCCGCACUCAAUCCUUCUCUCCCUCCCACAAGGGUUUUUAAGAUUAGGUACAAUUUCAUUCCUUCAAUUGUCUGCCGCAUUGGCUAGGGUUUUCAAAGCUUCCAUUCUCUCUCUCUUCACAUAAUCUUUUACAUCAUUCUAAAUGGAUUCUAAUCAAUAGUUCUUUUUAUGUAUGCAUUAAAUCUUUGCUAAAGCUUGAAGCUUUGUAUCGCUCCGUAUAUUCACCAAAAAAGAUUCCAAAAAUAAAAAUAAAAAUGGCGACGUUGAACCCAUUUGACCUUCUGGAUGGUGAUGCCGAGGACCCAAGUUUGUUCAUUGCUGUUAAGCAGAUAAAGCAGAUUCCUCCUGUUGCGUCUGUUAACAAGAAAGGUCCUGCUCAACAAGCUAAGCCUGCUGCUGCUGCUAAACUGCCUUCCAAGCCCCUGCCUCCAUCCGAGGCUGUGAGGGAAGCUAGGAAUGAUGGCCAGCGUGGAGGAGGUCGUGGGGGACCACGUGGAGGAUUGCGUGGACGCGGUCGUGGUUUUAACCAAGAAUUUGUUGAUGGUGAGAAUACUUUUGGAAGCACUAAUGGGUUCUCCGGAGGCUACAGAGCUUCUGAAGAUGGAGAGUCAGGGAAACCCUCCGAGAGGAGAGGUGGAUAUGGAGGACCUCGCGGGGGGGUUCGUGGUGGUCGCCGUGGUGGUUUUAGCAAUGGAGAUGAUGCUGUAGAUGGUGAACGCCCCAGGAGGGUGUUUGAGCGCCGAAGUGGAACUGGACGUGGGUAUGAAUUUAAACGAGAAGGUGCAGGUCGUGGGAAUUGGGGAGCUCCCACUGAUGAGCUGGCACCGGAGAACAAACCUGUUAACAUAGAAGAAAAGAUUGUUGAUGCCGAGAAACAAGAUGGGCAAGCUGAUGAUGCAGAUGCGAAUAAGGACUCUCCGAUGGUUGAGCCACAAGAGAAGGAACCUGAGGAGAAGGAAAUGACCCUAGAAGAGUAUGAGAAGGUAAUGGAAGAGAAGAGGAAAGCCUUAUUGGCUCUAAAGCCCGAGGAAAGAAAGGUCAAUUUGGACAAAGAGUUUGCAUCAAUGCAACUUUUAUCAAAUAAGAAGAAUGACGACGAGGUCUUCAUUAAGUUGGGUGCUGAGAAGGAUAAGCAUAAGGAGGCAGUGGAAAAAGCCAAGAAGACUAAAAGCAUCAAUGAAUUUCUGAAGCCUGCCGAUGGAGAAAGUUACUAUCGCUCAGGUGGCCGUGGAAGAGGAGUACGUGGUCGUGGAAGAGGUGGUAACGGUGGAAACAACGGUUUUGAAGCACCAUUUGUUAAAGCACCAUCCAUUGAAGAUGUAGGGCAGUUUCCUUCCUUGGGCGCCGCCAAGUAAGGAAGCAGAACUUGCCAUCUGGGUUUGUGUCAAAUUAUGCCGCAAUUAUCAUGUAUGGGCUCUGAUGGCAGAGUAUCUCCAGGAAUCUGUUCCUGUAUAAUCAUCCGAAACCUUUAUAGUUCUUAUUAGUGUAAAAUUCAAAUGACUUUCUGUGGUUUUAUGCCCUUGAGUAUUUAUUUGCUUUGUGCAUGAAUGCCAUUUCCUCCUUAUAGGCAUUAGGGUUACUAUUAAAUUUUUCGUUUUAGUUAAGCGAGGUCAGAUUCUGAUCUGGAGUUUUUCCCCGUUAAAACAAUUUUGUUCCUUUUGCAAGCAUUGUUUUGUUCUUGUUCAAA